GUCUUGCCCAAAGUUGCUUGAUUGCGAAGUCGGACCAAGCAUGGCGAAGGCAGUGAUCUCGUCGAUCCUGCAGUCGCAGCUCGGUAAGUACGUCGAUGGGCUUGCGCCCGAGUCCCUCCAAGUCGGGCUCUGGAGCGGCGAGCUCCUAUUGACGAACCUCAAGCUCAAGCCGCUCGCGCUUGCGGAGCUCAACCUCCCGAUCAAGGUGCUGCAGGGGACGAUCGCCAAGGUCCACGUCGUCGUGCCAUGGAACCAGCUCGGGUCGGCCAGCGUUCAGGUUACGCUCGAGGGCAUCUACGGCGUCGCGAUCCCCAACACCGAGCUCCCAUCGCCGGAAGAAGUCUUGCUUGGCAUACGGAACCGCCUCGAGCGUGGAGAGCUGAUGCGGCAGCACACGCUGCAGACGAGCAGCAGCGGUACGUCGUCUGACCCCAAGGAAGACGAGAGCACGUUCCUAACGCGCCUCACGACCCGGAUCAUUGACAACCUCCAGAUUACGAUCAAGGACCUCCAUAUUCGGUACGAAGAUACCGUGUCCAACCCGUCGCUGCCGUUCACGUGCGGCCUCUUUCUCGAGCGCUUCUCGCUCGAGACGACCGACGCCAACGGGCGCAAGAUCUUUGUCGACAACACGGCGGGCGAGAAGAAGGGCUUGACGCAUAAGGUCGCGCAGGUGAAGAACCUCGCGCUCUACUGGGACCGGCUCGACCCCGCCGACUCGAUGACGCGCCAGUCGGCGGCGUUCGAAGCUGCGAUGCGCCGCGUCAUUUACGCAACGUCAGCCUUUGCCGAGACGGACCGUCACUGGCUGCUCGUGCCGCCCUGUACCGUGCGCGUGCGUCUCACGAAGAACGAGAGCCGUAUGUACUCGCAGACGUCGCCCAAGUUUGCCGUCCACGCCGAGGCGAUUGGUGUUGCGUUUGGCCUGAGCCGAGAGCAGUACGACGACAUGCUCUUCAUGCACAAGGCGUUUUUGAGUCGGCGCGCGGUCGAGGCGCACUUUUGGGAGCACCGCCACCGCCCGUUCUUGCCGUUGCGGCAGUACCCGGUCGUGUGGUGGGACUACGCGACGCGCUUCAUCAUUGCCACGUCGACCGGAAAAGCUACGUCGCGCUUCCGCUGGUCGGUGGUCAAAAAGAUGGCGCGGGACCGUAAAAUGUACGUUGCGCUCUACAAGCAGCAACAGUUGGCCAAGACCCCCGCGCUCUCGCUCGAUCAAUCGGCGUAUGUACAGAGCAUGGAGGAUGCUUUCCCCAUGGAGCUCGUGCUCCGUCUCCGCGAAGUCGCCGAGGCCCAGUUUGCUGCGCAGAAGAAGGCGACACCGGCCCCCGCUGCGUCGUCUUCGUGGUAUGGCUACUUUUUCGGGGACGCCAGCGCGUCGACAGCAAGCGCCAACGACGUGCUCACGGACGCGGGCAAAGCCGACCUCAAGCGCGCGUAUGAAGAGACGGUGGCGCUGGACGAAGCAGCGCUGCCAGUCGACUGCUUCCUCCUCACGAUCGACAUCGCGCUGCGCGACGGCCGCGUCGGUUUGUAUGGCUACAACAAUACACCACUGCUCUCGUCGGCCCUCACGGGCUCGAUUGGCGUCCAGGUCCAGCCCGACGAAUCGUGGACGUCGCAAGUACAGCUCGAUCGCCUUGAGAUUGCCAACCACCGCGUUGACGCUUCGUGUGCGAGCCGAGCAUUCUGCACGCUGCGCCAAGGCAGCAGCGAUGUGCCGUUUGCGCUGCGUGUCGCGAUGCCGACGCCGACGACGCUUCACGUGCGGCUGAGCGCCGAGCCGCUCCAAUUUGUGCUGGACCCUGUCUUUCUCUUGCUUUUGUACGACUUUUUCUGCGGCUCGGUCGCGCAGCGUCAGCUGAAUGACGUCUGGGCGUUCGCAACGAGCUCCGUCCAGUCGUACGUCUUUGCCGAGCAGGAGGAGGCCGAUAUGCUCGCGGCCAUCUCGGCGGCCGAGACGAUGAAGUACGAUGUCAUUGUGGAUAUGAAGGCACCGGUGCUGCUGCUCCCGGAAGACGCCACGAGCGAUACGUCGGCCGUCGUCGUGCUCGACUUUGGCCGACUCAAGCUCACGGACGUCGCACCGUCGUCGGCGCACGUGCACACGUGGCAAGUCGAGCUCAACGAGAUGCAAGUUCUUUUGCACGGCGAGAACGGGUUUGCGCCAAACGACCCCGGCGUUGCUUUGGUGCCGCGCUUCAACAUGGCGUGUCGGGUCGAUAGCAUGGUCCGCGAGAUGGCCGGCAAGCCGCUCCUCUCGAUGCACGCCUCGCUGCCCGCGAUUAACGUGGCCAUGUCGGAAGAGUCGCUCGCGCAGCUCGGACGCAUGCACGCUGCCAUCUACCUGCAGUGCCAAGCUGUGAUGGCACAAACCCGGCCGCCCGACAUCGAAGAUGACGAUGGCGCAGGUGCUGUCGUGGCCGCUCCCGUGCCGCGCAAAACGAGCAGAGACAGCCAUGCGAUUGCUCUCACGUGGGACAUUGAUGCCAUUGACAUCGCGCUCGCCGACUCGUUCCGCGUCCUGCUCACGGGCACGUCGUUUGGCUACGAUCUCUACGGGUCCAAGACGUCGGCCGUCGCCAAGUUGCGGGCGUUCUCGGUCGAAGACAAGGCCCACGCACCGUCGUCGCCGUACUAUUAUCUGGCCAAGACUCCCGAUACGUCGUCGCAUUUGAUUCACGCGUCAUUGGUCUCGAGCCAGAGCCCGGACCGCGCCGCGGAUACGGUCAUCACAGCCGACUUUCAAGUGCUCGAGAUGCAGUGGAACCCAUCAUCGAUCGUUGUGCUCAACUCGCUCGUCUCCACGUAUACGUCGAGCCUCGUUUUGAUUGCGCCGCCGCUACCGCACGCCACGAGUCUCAGCGCGUCGACACUGGGUGCGUCGAUGGCACGGUCGCGGAUCCCGUCGCUGCUAGUGACAGCGACCCUCGAACAGUUUAGCGUGUCGCUCAACAAGGACUCGCGUGACCGGCGACUCGUGACGCUCUCGAUGACGAACGCGUCCUUGCACAUGACGACGCAGAGUGACGCGUCGUACACGAUCGACGGCACGCUCGGGAACUUUCUCGUUGAAGACCACAGCGUGCAAAAGCAUUCGAUGUACAACCCGUUUGUGGGCCUCGACCCGGCCGCGACGACGACACAGCUUCUUUCGUUUGCAUAUGUCGUGCCGCCAGCCCCCGCGCUUCCAACGCUCGACGCGUGCCUCGACCAUGUGCGCAUCGUCUACGUCCAUCAGCAAGUGCUCGAGCUGGUCGAUUACCUCUUCCAAGGCGUCCUCGGGUCUCUUCUAUUGCUCAAGGAAGAGCCGUCGGCGCUAAAGCUGCAUGUGAACCUCGUCGAGCCGCGCAUUGUGAUUCCAAUGCAUCCAAUGGACACCCAGCACUUGCUCCUCGCAGCGACGUCGCUCGAGCUCUCGCACGUCCCGGCGUCGACGGUUGUCUACGACGAUGGCCGUGUCGUGAUUGUUUACGAGGGCGAAGGAAUGCCAGCGGAUGUCAAGCACGUCGUCUUGGACCAAGUGAUGCUUUUUGCAACGACGAAAACUGCGGGCGAGUACGCGCCCGUGCUUGAGACGCCGCUACAGCUCGAUAUUGCGAUCAAGGACGUCGUGUCGACGACGCUCGUCAUGAGCGACGGCGUCGUCCUCCCGCGUUUUAGCAUCGAGUGCGUCAUGCCACGCUUGCACAUGCGUCUCUCAAAAGCCGUGUAUGUCAUGCUCGUGCGCGUGCUCCAAGAGAACAUUGGCGCGGCCACCUUGAUUGACGGCGCGACGACGGGCUCUGCGUCCAUCUCGGACGUGUACCGCCCCAUCGUCGCCUACGACUAUGCGCGCACCGACCUGGAAAUGCUGACGAUGCGGCUUUCGUUCUCGAUGGCGUCCCCGCGCAUCGAGGUUGGGCUCGCGACCUUUGGCGCGUCCGAGAAGGCGCGCGACUGGUUGUCGUCCAGCGGCCAAACACGCAUGCAGUACGCGUGGGACGAUGUCAAGCGGUCGUGCAGCCUCGAUCUCGACGUAUCGAACGUGUCGGGCACGGUGGUGCCGAGCGCUCUCUUGACGCUGGUUCAGUUUUUCCAUCUGGACGCUGCGAUGCUCCAGUCGAAUGCGAGCAGUCCCGCGCCGACCGCCGACGCCGAGUACGAAUUCCAUGUCCAGCUGCACGCGUCCAAGGUCGGGCUGCACUUUCCGUCCGACUUGGCCGAUCAUAGUCGUCCGCUUUUGGCGAUCGAGUCGGACUUUGCCAUUGCGUUCGACUCGUACCCGCCCGACCGCAACGAAGCGACGCCCAUGGCCGUUGUCAUUGAGGCCACGCAGUUUGAGGCCUACCUUCGCAACACUAACCGGCAAGGCUGCGCGACCUCGUUCGUGCAGCUCAUGGAGCCGACGAAUCUCCGCAUGAAGUACCAGUUCUUCACGCACGCGCAAGAAAAGAUGGAGGUGUCCAUCAGCACGGUCACGGUCUUUGUCUCGUAUGAAGACACGCAGCUCUUGUCGACGGUCGUUCGCGCGCUAUCGGCGGAUGUUGCGAUGACGUCGCACGCGUCGUCACUGCCGUCGAUGGAACUCAACUUUGUCAAGGAGACGCAGCGUCACAUGACGUGGGACGUCCAGAGCAUGCAGCUCACGCUCAUCAACGACUGCGACGGCUGCGACAUGGGUCUCCUUCAGCUGCGACUGCCGACGUGCCGCCUGUUUGUGAACGCGGCGACGACAUUCGAGAGCUCGACCGUCACGGGCGGCGGCGACCUCUCGUUCGAAGCCACGUACUACAACCCGGAUUCGCGCACGUGGCAGCCGCUCUGCGCCGAGUGGAAGCUCAACGCGACCGUCAUGUCGACGCUGGGCCACGUCUCGAGCGACGCCAACCUCAACAGCAUGCAAUGGACUGUCUCGGCCGACCCGCUCAAUGUCUCGGUGACGCACGGCUUGCUCGAGGCUCUGGCGUCUGCGGGCGAAACGUGGGCCAACGGCAAGCACGACCGGUCGCUGCAGGCGCCGUGCACGAUCGUCAACGAGUCGGGGCUGCCGCUGCGCUUUUGGUGGAGUGCCAACGCACACGACGUGCAAGUCGUCGACCACGGCAGUAGCGCUUGCAUUCAUUACGUGCACGUACAAGGCAACGGGUCGGGCGUCACGCGCACGUACACGUCGCAGCAGCGCGAGCAAGGCACCGUGUGCUUGGACCUCGUUGGUCUCGGGUGUCAGCCCGUGCAAGGCAUUGUGGCUGAAGAGCUCGGGACGCACGCGCACUCGCUUGUGGAGCUGUCGGGUGGCCUCUCCAACUUCAAGGUUACCUGCACGUCGCAGCUCGUGGGGGGUCACAUUGUACUCACCAUCUCUUCGCACGUGCGCAUUCACAGCCACGUCUCGGAGAAGGUCCAGCUACUGGUGUACGACCCGAGCUGGAAUGCGCCAAUGGACAUUGGCACGGUCGCACCGGGAGACAGCAUUGCGCUGCCCGUCAUGUACUCGCUUGGAUCGGAGAUUCGCUUGCGCUGCCUCGGCAACGACUGGAGCUUCUCGAGUCCGAUUCCACUCGACAUGACGAGCGCCAGCCUCACCGUCUCGUGCACGCACCCGACCCAAGUCGCCUUCUUUUGCGUCUCGUUUGAGCAAGGCCAUGUGCACUUGUACGACCCGCUCACGCUCGAAAACAAGUGCCCCCUGCCGAUUACGUUUCAAGCGCGGGACGGCAGCCGCGGCGUGGCGCGCGGGGAGACACUUUCCGUGGGCGCGACGGCGGGCAUUUGGUGGGCAAUGCACCAGCCACUGUUUGCGCUCGAUGUGCCAGGGUGCGAUAUCUCGUCGUGGUUGCCGCUCAAGAAGGACAACCUCAAGCCCUUCUCGCUCGUUGUGCGGCGCCGCGGCGACCGUCGGCCCAUGACGAUCCUUGUCGCGCUGCGCGAAAAUGCGGCCAAAGCGCUCACCAUCUCGCUCUACGCGGACGUGUGGCUCAUCAACCGCACGGGCGUGGACCUCGCGUUCGGUAACGAGGUCGACGACGAGUGCUACCGCCCGUCAUCCGAGGCCCAGAGCAUCAUUGACGACGCGCCCAUGACCAUGUACUCGUCGGGUGAGUCACCCGCGCUGCUGCGCGUGCGUCAUGGCAACGCCAAGUGGAGUGCGUAUGUGAAAGCGGACCCGCGCCGCAUGAAUUGGCAGGACGAGUGCCUCAGCGUUGCGUCCAACGGCCGCCUCUACGAGCUUGGCGUCUCGGCCGACUAUGCGACGCGGCACUUUGGCGUCCUCACGACGAUCGUGACGCUGACGCCGCGGUACCUCUUUGUGAACCGGUCGCCGUGGACCAUCAUCUUGCUCGAAGACGACGGCGCGCUUCCGUCCAACUUGACGCACGUCGACCACAUGGUACCGCCGGGCGACUCGUAUGCGCUCUACUGGAUGCAAGGCGUGCGCCGCCGUCUGCGUGCGUCGGUCCUUGACUGCCCCGGGCAGUCGAGCUGGUCCGAGCCUUUUGGCAUCAACGAACUGCGCACGAUGGAGCUCCUCGUGCCCAACGACGUGAGCUGCCCGAUUCUUCAAGUCGUCGUCAAGCAAGGUGGGCUCACGCAGUCGACAUACGUCAUCGAUAUGGUCAACUUGGACCUCGAGCCGCUGCCCGAGACGAAGGCGCCAACGUGGGAUCUUGUGACCGUUGACGUCAAGGUGGCGAGUGUGACAAUGACGCUCCUCGACACGUCCAAGGAAGUCGACUUGUUUACGGGUCCCGUGUUGGAAGAAGUGGCGCGGUUUAAGAUUUUCAACAUUCGCAUGGACCUCUUCAAGGACCGCGUCAACGCCCAGAGCCACUUGCGCAUCGGCUCGAUGGCGUUGCAGGAUCUCUUGCCGCGCACCAAGUACCCUCUCGUCGUGUCGCCUUCCAAGUCGUCGUCGUCGCGCGACUUUAUCGUGGUCGCGUACAAGGACAAGGUCCACCCCAAGUACCACUAUAUCGAGUCGCUCGAGGUGUACGUGCAAGACGUGUCGCUCCAGACGUCCAUGUCGUUUGUCAACCGCAUCAACGGACUCAUCACCGAGACGCUGGGCCAUUUUACCUCGGCGCGGUCGCUGGACCUCGUUGCGUACUUCAACAACGACGACCUUGCAUCCCUCACCGGUCGCAAGUGGUUUUUCGAGCGCCUCGCGAUUCGCCCGAUCCACGCCACGGUCUCGUUUGUCAAGGACGCGAGCUCGGGCGACGCGACCAACUUUUGGCUCGCGAACCUCAAGCUCAAGAUCAAGGACGCGUCGCUCGUGCUGGAUGGUUACACGCUCGCAAACGCGCUCGCGACGCAAGAGUCGGUGCUCGAAGCGCUCAGCCGCUUCUACGUCGGGUCGGUGAAAAGCCAAGCGCUGGGGCUGGUCGAGUCGAUCCAAGUCAUCCCGCUCGUCACGGGCGUUGUGACCGAAGGUGUCUCGACACUGGUCUCGACGCUGUGGGGCAAGGCCGAUAGCACCCUCGCGUCGUCAUCGUUUCGGCGCGAGUCGCUUUCCAACAGCGCGAUCGUGUCCAAGCACAGCAGAGGUGUUGCGUCAGUCGCGUCGCCGGCCCAGCUCCAAAACGUGCUCCACCACCUCGUGUUUGAUUGGGACGGCAACCACACGGGGCUCGAAGCCCGCGCGUGCAUGGCGCUCGGCCUCAUCAACAAUUCGUCGCAGUCGAUCGUAGUCCAAGCGACGCUUCGGGACGGUGCCGAGUUGCGAUCGCUGCCGAACGGCCGACAGCACCUGGCGCCGGGCCUUGCCGAGUGGCAGCCGGACCGCGCCCUCCUCCUCUUUGCGUGGGGCUAUACGCCGACGCUACUGACGACGGGCGACGUGUCGAUGAAUGUCCAAUCGAACGCGUUCACGCUCACGAUCUCGAAAUCGUUUACGCGCUUGCAGGCCAACCCGGGCUACACGGCCACGUUUACGCUGCAAGAGUCGCAAACGUGGUGGGCCAAGCACAUGGUCGUUGUCAGCGACGACCUCCCGUCGAUCCAGACGACCGCAGCGUCAGCGGCGCCGGAUGCGCAGAGUGCAUACGAGAUCCUCUUUGAUAGCGACACGCUCGGUAUUGUUGCGCGCCAAGUCGACCAAAAUACGGUCGCGGUGCGCGAGUGCUGUCGCUUCUCCAACGGCCAACCCAGUCCCGCGCUGGCAUGCGGUCUCAUUGCCGAGGGCGACUUGAUUCUAUCGGUGAACGGCCUCCCCGUGCGUACGACAAGCGGCUUCAAGGCUGCGAUCGUCAACACACCGCGGCCUCUCGUCGUGCGAUUUGCCCGCAAGCCCGCUAUCGUCGUCGAGGACGAGAACGCGUUCAACCUCUUUGGCUAAGUUCUGAUGUACAUACGCACGUACAGUAGCUCCAUGUACCCACAGUAUAAACAACCCACGUCCAAGGAAACCACAUCUAGUAACAUCA